AGCAAAUCACUCUAGUUCCUUCCGCCUUGUGUUGUAGGAAACUAGGAAUUGAUCUCUUAAACCCAGGAAACAAUAUAAUUUGAUUUGUCCACAACUUGUUAGAAGAGUUUUUCUUUAUACUUUCUCUCUGUGCUAAUUAGAAAAAAAUGUCAGCAUGUCCAGUCUGUAACCUAAGGCUUCCUCUUUCCCAAAUUGAAAGCCAUGUGAAUGCCCACUUCGAAGACGAAAUCGAUCCACAAAUCGCAAAUGACCACUACUUGGCUCUGCAACUCGCUUCUUCUUCUUCUUCUGAUCCUCCUCCAACCCUAAAGGAAGCUCCUUUCCUCGACCCAUUUAACAAAAUCGUUCCUUUCCCGCAAAACGACGACGUUGUGCGUUCACAGACCAAGAGGCCAUUCUACAGAGUAGGAAACGGCGGUUUGAUUUCCUUGCUGACGACUUGUUUGGUGGAGUCAAAGACCAAACCUUUGGAGUGCAGCACAAGUUUACUAUCAGGCUACGUUGAUCAUUUUCAAUCCACGAAGGAGGAUAAAGGAUGGGGAUGCGGGUGGAGGAACAUCCAAAUGCAAUGCUCUCACUUGCUUUCUCGUAGAGACCAAGAAGUUAAAAGAGUUCUCUUUGGUGGCUCUGAGUUCGUUCCCGACAUCCCUUCGCUUCAGCGGUGGUUGGAGAUAGCUUGGAGGAGUGGGUUUGACGUCUCUGGGGGUCUGCAUUUCGACAAGCGUAUAUACGGUUGUAAGAAAUGGAUUGGGACUACUGAGUGUGCUGCGCUGUUGCGUUCUUUUGGGUUGAGAGCUAGAGUUGUUGAUUUUGCGCCUGAGAAGUCUCGGUCCAUGUAUUUGUCGGUUCCUGGCUCUGCUGUUGCGCCUAAGAGGAGGGCGUAUGGUCCUAUGGAUAGAUACGUGGUUAAAAAGGGUGCAAGUGGGGUGGAGAAAGGGGUUGACUCUCGUGGUUCUACCUCUUCUAGGAUAGGGAAAGGAGCGGUUUUGAUGGAUUGGGUUUGGAAUUACUUUUCGGACAACAGGUUGGAUGUUUCCUCUGGUGUUCAUAUGACGAAUAAAGGGCCUUUGUAUUUCCAACAUGAAGGGCACUCGAGAACGAUCGUUGGGAUUCAGAGACGGUUGCAAGGAACUACGUUUACUCCUCAGUACAAUCUCCUGAUUCUGGACCCAGCUGAUUUUACUAGAGAUAUAGAGAAAGCGCUUGUAGAUAAGAAAGGCUGGGAGGGAUAUCUUAAAAGAGGAGCUCACACACUGACUUGUCCCGAGUAUCAGAUGUUGUACGUUGAUAAUGGGAUUGCUGUUGGCGAGGAGUUGGAGCAGCUCAAGACCAUUGAUAGUCACUUCGUUCAAUUCUAAUGGCUUCCAUAAAAAACAGAAAAAAAUGAUUAUUAGAGGAAUCUUAAAUUAGUUGCAGUUUGUACUUUUGUAUCAUAACAAUUGUUAUUUUGGGAAUCAUGAACUAGUUGCAACUGUAUACUUUGGUACCAUAUAUACAUUUGUUUGCUA